AUGUCGGUACGGCAGCCUGAAGUACUGGCUGAUACCACUGGUGCUAGUCAUUUGCAUGGUCCUACUGGGGGCUCGCCAUCGCUCUUUCACCGAGAACCAUCUCCUCUGCUAGAUUCAGAUCGUGCUGAUACUGAAGCUUCGAAUACUAAGUCUUCUGGGGCUGUUAAUAAUGGAUCUGUCCAGAAGAAGACAGUUUAUAGUUUAGGUGGGUCAUCUGUGCCGAGUAUAGAUUCAGCAGGUGGUGUCUCUCCUUCGACUAACAACUCUGAUUUUGGUAAUCUCAGUAAUCUCGGUAAUUUCAGUAAUCUGGCAAAUAUCGGCGAUGGCCUUAAGAGCAAGAGUGAUAGGAACUCCAGCUCCCGAGUCAGUAACAGUAGCAGCAAUAUCAAUUCCAAUUCUAAUUCUAAUUCUAAUACCAAUUCCAACUCCAAUUUCAAUAUCAAUUCUAAUUCCGAUAACGGUAUCAACAAAAGUAACAGUAAUGACAUUUCCAACUCGAAUAACAGUAGCAUAAGCAACAUCAGCAACAAUGGCAGCAAUACCAUUGCCAGUAGUCACAGCAGUCAAAAUGGUCAGAAUGGUCACACGCAUCAAACCAUUGGCUUUAGUGCUGAUGAUACCAGCAUUCACAAUACUAAUAGCGGCAAUGUCAACUUCACCAGUACUAUCAAUAAUAGAGAUGGUUCUCUGGGUAAUAAUGGAGGUGAUAAUGCAGGUGAUAGUACACUGGGUAAUAGUCAAGGUGUUAGUUCACUGGCUAAUAACAGAGGUGAUGGCGGUGACAGCACCUCCAGAUUAUACAACUCGAGCAAUCCUGAUCUCGCAAGUGAUGACGAAUUACCACCUGAUGGGUCAUCUUCAGCAUAUAGCUCGUCUGGCAAAGACGCAACUGCUCUGCUGUAUAAAUUCCGGUUCAUAGUUCUACUUGUCUACCCUAUAAUCAUAUUUCUGGGUGAGCUUGUUCAUAUCAGCCAGCCUGAAGGCACCUAUUUCAGCAACAAACGGAACAUAUUCAACGUCUUUUUCGUCAAAAGAGCCUGGCUAUGGACCACUCUAGCGUUUAUUGCUAUUGUAGUCCGGGCUAAGGUAGCCACUAAUUCGACUUCUGGCCCCGGUAUCAAGUCAGCUACCCAGUCUGGCUCGAUAUUGAAAGCUCAAUCGUAUGCUGGAUACCACCUUGUACUCAGAUACGCAGCUGCUACAUUCUGGUGGGUGUUGUUCACCCAGUGGUUUUUUGGGUUGCCAAUCAUGGACAGGGUAUUUGUUCUGACUGGAGGAGGUUGUGACGGUCUUGUGGAAAAGGUUGCUGAAGCUGCUAUGAGCACAAAUCCUGCACCAGGAGACGCAACUUCACCACUACCACCACUUCCUGUGACAUCCAAUUCUCCUCUGAACAACCUGGUUUCAUCUGCUUACUGUCGAGCUCAUGGUGGAACCUGGGUAGGAGGAUACGAUCCAAGUGGACACACUUUUCUACUUGUUCAUGCCAGCUUGUUUUUAUGGUUCGAACUACUGCCGUUAAUCGUGACUGGCCGAGCUACUAGUACCGGUACUGGCAUCGGCAUUGGAUCUGCUAUUGGCACCAGCACCUCUGGAUCGAGUUCUGGCACCACCAAACCAGCCACAACCUUCACGACCUCGCUGUCGGUGCGACUGGUGCUGGGUCUGUUGGCAUUCUGGGCCUGGAUGGUGCUCAUGACGGCCGUGUACUUCCACUCGUUCCUCGAAAAACUGCUCGGACUCGUGUGUGGCUACCUCGAAGUGCUUCUCGUCUACGUCGUGGCCGCCAACCACCCCCAACUCGGGGCCAUCCUGGGGGUCUAG